AUGAGUACAGAAAUGGAAAUUCUUACAAAUAAUGAUAUUGAAAAUUUAAGUAAAAUCCCAAAUACGAGAAAAGAAAUAUACGAGUUUCUUUCAACAUUAAUACCAAAAAAUAAAGAAAUGGAAUUUAAAGAAUUAACGAAUCAAGAAAAUUCCGUAUAUUUGGACAUAGCCAAGUGCUGGUUUUAUUUUAAACGAAAAUUCAAAAUAAGUUGCUUUUAUUGUAAUUUAGAGAUAAAUUUACAAGAUAUUCCAAAUAAUACUGAUAUUUUGGGAUAUCAUAUUGAACAUAGUAAAAAUUGUAAAUUUAUAAUAAGAACAAAUUUAUUAAAAGCUAAUUAUAAUUUUAAUUCUUUUAUUUUUGAAAGAAGAAGACUUGAAAGCUUUUUAAAUUGGCCACUAGAUUAUAUAAAACAAUCAGAUUUAGCAAAUAAUGGAUUCUAUUAUGUAAAUUUUGAAGAUAGAGUUUAUUGCGAAUUUUGUACUCAUGGAAUUUAUUAUUUUGAUCCUGGUGACAUUCCAAUUCAAGAACAUAAAAAACAUUCGCCCAACUGUAGAUUUUUAAAUGGUUAUGUAACUGAAAAUAUACCAAUAAAAUUCACUCAAUUAUUUUCAAAAAUACAAUAUAUACAUCAAAAAAAUUUACCACCUUUAAAACUAAAUGAUAUAGUUCCAAGUAAUACUCCUCUAAUUCCAAGAUUUUCAACAUUUGAAAGAAGAAGACGUACUUUUCCUCCAGCUGAUAAUACUGAAGAUAUAUUUAAAGGAAAUUUUCCAAAUUUAGAAACAUUAGUUGAAGCUGGAUUUUUUACAGAUAAGAACGAAACCUGUUGCUUCUAUUGUGCUGGGAAAAUUAGAACUGUGUCCAGAGAAGAUGAUCCUUGGAUAGAACAUGCAAAAUGGUUCCCAACUUGUUCUUUUUUACGUGUAAUGAAAGGAGACAAUUUUAUUAAACAUUGCUAUUAUACAUUAAAUAAUUUAAAUAAAAAAACAUUUAUAAAAGAGAAUGAAAUUUACGAAUUAACUGAAAAUGAUAUGAAAAAAAUUUUGUCUCUACCUAUGUUUGAGAGAUUCAAAGAUUUUUCCACAGAUGAAGUACUUUUUUAUGUAAUAAAAAAAGAAAUAUUAGAAAAUGGAUGCAUACCUUUAAAUCGCUCACAUUUUUUUAAUUUGGCUGAAAGGGUUUGUGAUAUUAGUAAUACUGGAAAAUUUAUUCUGAAAAAAGAUGUAAAAAAAUUAGUAGAGAAAAGGUAUGAUCCUAAAAAAAAAAUAAAACCAAUACUGAAAAAGAAAACUUCAAGAGAAAAAAUAUUAGAAAAUUACACAGAAAUAAAGAAUGAUGAUUUGAACGAAUUUGAGAUGAGAAUUUUAUCUAAUCUAAGAAAUAAUAGUUUAAAUGAUGUAUGUUGUAUUUGCACUGAAAAAGGACGAGAAAUUGUAUUUUUACCAUGUACUCAUAUCGCUUUUUGUAAAAACUGUUAUUUAAAAUUAGAUCAAAAAAAGUGUCCACUUUGUAGAAAAGAAAUUGAAUCAUUAAUCUGUUUAAAAUAUGAAUGAUUCGUUUUUUUUUUC